CGUCUCUCGCUGAUAAUUAGAUUGCAGAUCUCCUGCUAAAGAGAGAGAGAGAGAACUCUCUCGUCCGGCCUUCUCGCCGGAACAAUCGCGGCGGGAAGGAAUGUGUCUAAAUUAAUUACGAGCGUCGAGGAGAAUUCUCCGCAAAGCGGCGGAUCCAUUCUCGAGAUCGACAGCAUCAGCCUCAGGCGAUCGUGGCGAAUGAUCCCGAGGUCACGUCUGAGUCUGAGGGAAAUAAAGAAAAAGAAAGAGAGGGGUUGAGACGCACACACACACACACACACACGAGGGUGUCUCUAUAAUUGCUUCGCGAAGUCCUUCCUUUUGAUCGAUCCCUCUUCCCGGGGUCUCCCUAGCUCUCUCCCUCUCGCUUAUACACGAGAUAUAUGCGCUUGUUUUUCCGAAAAUCCAAAGUCGCGGUCCGUCCGUGGAGCGCCGCGCGUUAGGUACAUGUGUACUUUGCUUCUUCGACCAUGCGGGGCGGAUCGACGCAUGCGUUUUUCCCGCGCACCCUUCGCUGAAUUAUCUUGGCCGUGAACCGAGCAGUCUUCCACCGUCGUUCCCGAGCUUGCUCGCGAUCCGCGAGGGCGCUCCUUGGAUCGCGCGCGCGACUUUUUCCGCGAAAAGUCGCGAUUACGUAAUAUAUAUAUAUAUACGUGUAAACGCGUGAUUACGUUCUAAGUAAGAGAUGAUUCGAGAUUCGAGAGAUGAGUCUCCACGAGAUGAUUCGAAGAGGAUUGCGCUGCGCAUCCGGCACGUGCCUGCUUAAGAGAGUUUCAGGAAAAUUUCAAUAUAAAAUAGGUCUCCAGGAAAUAUGAAUAUCCGUCAACAAAUGAAACGGGAAAGUUCGCGAUGCGUGAGGAUGAGCUUUCUCUUUUAACCUCGACAAUUCCGACGGAGUGAUCCCAUCCGCUAUCAAUCAGAGAGAAGAAAAAAAAUGCAGCGAAAGAUACUCGGAUUAAUCCUAUAAUAAUCUGAAUGAUGUAAGCUUUUAUUAUCAGACAUUAAGCGUUCGCCGUCGAGAAGUGGGGAAGAUUCCCUCGAACAAUAAUCGCAAUAAUAAUACGAGGUGAUCCGCGCGCACAUUCGCAGCAUCCGCCCUCGGUCCAUCGUCGAUUGGGCUCGACGAGGCGCGAGCGAUAGAGUUUAGUUGUCGCGCGCUCGCGCGCGAAUAGCCGAUAACGAGAGGAGCAAGGACGGCGAGAGAGUCUCUCUCUCUCUCUCUCUCUCUCUCUCAGGAGAGAAGAGAGAAAAGCGUCUCUACGGACGAGGGAUGACGACGGCAAGUACGUGGGGUGUCCGAGGAACGAUGGUGGGGCUGGACGAUGAGCAGCAACACCGGACGGCGCGAACGUUAUGGUGGCGAACGACGCCGCUGGAUGGUGGGGUUGAAAAGUAGCGCGGCCAUUUACGCUCGUAUACGGGAAUAAAGCCGUCGUGUCCGCACCUGCGACCAGUCGGACCGACCACGAAGACCUCCUCAUCCGGGAGGAGCGGAAGAAGAUGAUCGCCCUUGACAAGGAGCAUCGUUCGCGAGAGGACGGAAUUCGAUCAACGAACCCGGUGAUCGUCUAAAGAUCGAGGAAAAAGUUCCAUUUUUCCGUAGAGAGAAGAGAAGAAGAAGAAGAAGAAGAAGAAGAAGAAGAAGAAGAAGAAGCUUCCGUAACCAGAGAGGGAUCCCGUGUUUAUCCCGUAAACGUUUGUUCGGGAAGUUUGAACUGGGAUGCUGCUGCCGUCAUCGUCGGAGCCGAGCGAAGACCCUCGCGACGGGAAACUGGAUCUGGUGAGGAUAAACUUCCUCGCGGCGGCAGAUUACGUCGGUUGAAUGAAGAACGAUGGUGUUCCGAGGGAAGGUAUAGCCGAGAGUUUUCGCUGAUCGCGAACUACUGUGCACGACGAAGGUAGAAAUCCAGUCCACGACUGGAUCCUGUCUUUUCCCGGCGGAAAUUAUGUGACGCGUAAAUAAGCAACCGAGUCACCGAACAGUAAUCGAAUUGAAAUCGUGGCAUUGCAAACAACAAACAAAGAGUGUCGCCGAAAAAUGAGCUCCCUCAGGAGGACAAUCAAUCAGUCGGCGAGGGAGGGCACGUCCAUGAGAAGGCACGCGCUCUCCGGACCCACUACCAAGAGCAUGAAGAACGUUGCCAACGAGAACGCGGUGCCGGCGUCGCCGCUUCGAUACAGGACCAAGUACGAACUGCGGAGCAUCAGUUUGGAGGGCAACAAGGUGCUACCAUGGACCUCCAGAUCCACCACGGACGCGAUAGCGAGACGAGGAGUCCUAUCUAGACGAUGCUACGGCAGUGUCGAAAUGCUGCCGCAGAUCGAGCAGGACGGCGCCGAGAAUGGCAGAAGAUUUCGAGUGGAGAACGGAGACUCUCCCGGCGAAAAAGAAGAGAUGUUCGGUUCGCCGAGUACGCCGAUACUGGAGAAUCCGGAGUACCAAACGCGUUGGUACUUUAAAUUCUUUCUGGGCAAACUGCAUCAAAAUUACAUCGCUUCCGAUCAAGAGAGAAAUCCUCUCUUUCUCUCGGUAGUCACAAGCGAAGUCGGUGAUCAAUGCGUACCGCACUACAGAGUUAUUUUAUGGAGGCGAACUGGUGCGCAGAAAAUAUCGUUGCCGUAUUCGGCGAACAAGACAAUGACUAUCAGACAGAUUCUCAGUAACUUUUUUGGUCUGGAGAAACUCGAUAAGGUGCCGCGAGAAGUUUUCACGCCCGAACUUCAAAAGGAUCUGUUACUGUUGGAGGAGCAAGAAGGCUCGGUGAACUUCAAGUUUGGCGUCAUUUACGCGAGAGAAGGUCAGACCACCGACGACGAGAUGCUGUCUAACGAAAGAGGUAGCCCGGGCUUCGAGACCUUCCUAGAGAUCCUAGGCGAGCGAAUACGGCUCAAAGGCUGGGACAAGUACCGGGGAGGCUUGGAUGUGAAAGGAGAUAUGACUGGCAAAGAGAGCUACUACACCGUUUAUGCAGGUCACGAAGUUAUGUAUCACGUUAGCACGAUGUUACCAUAUUCAAAAGACAAUCCGCAGCAGCUAGAGAGGAAAAGACAUAUCGGCAACGAUAUCGUUAACAUCAUCUAUACGGAUGACCCGUCAGCCGUGGAUACGUUCAAUCCGAAUUGCAUAAGGAGCCAAUUUACCCACGUGUUCGCCGUGGUAACGACCGAAGCGGACGGCAAGGGAUGGCGGGUUGCCAUUUACUGCGAUGAAAACGUACCCUUAUUUGGCCCGAGCCUACCCUGCCCACCGGUAUUCGAGGAUCCGUAUAAUCUCCGAGAAUUUCUCCUCGUCAAGUUGAUCAACGGCGAGAAGGCUACGUUCGACACCCCGACAUUCUCCAGGAAGAGGGAAAGAACCCUCGACGCCCUAUUGCGAGAUAUGUACCAGGAGCACUCGCAGGAGAGCAAGAGCAACAGCAUGCUAAAUCGGCGAGCGCUCUCAGACGUCGUCGAGGCGCCGGGUCGACGUCGAGAGGAGACACGUGCCGUCGAGAUGGUGCGAGUCGGACAAGCGUUGAAACUGGAAGCUAUUAUGCGUGGUCUCGCACCCACCUCUCUCGCAACCGUCGGCCCUCUAAAGCCCAGGCCAUGGGAACCGAGAUGCAUCUAUCCCGAUUUCCCGUACGAAGUCGUUUGCGGUGACGUCUGGCUGGAGAACAGACUGAUCCUCGCCUCGGAAAGCGGAACGUUUCUCAUCGAAGACGGGCUCUCGCACAGACUGAUCUUCGACGAGUCGGUGCAGAUCAAGCAGCUGGACGUGGUCGAGCAGCACGGAAUACUCUUGUUUCGCGCGAGCGACAAGGGCAAGGAAAAUAGCGUGUACGUUUUCCGGUUGCGCGAGUUCGAGAGCGACGCGUCCGCGAGAUGCGCCGAGCUGUUCAACAAUCGCGAGAACGACGAGACGCGGGAGGAGAACGACGUAGACGACGAGGAGGCCGACGACGACGACGACGAGUGCGACGAGGACGACGCCGACGAGUGCGACAAUUUCACUCGCGCCACCGCCCGAUUUCAGCCAAAGACGCGUUCGCGGCCACGUGCGCGCGUUCGCGCUCCAGCUGUCAGAAGCCGGGCGCACAUCAAGGAGAGGAAACUGCGACGUACGCGAGGAUCUCACUUGUACAGCAUCACCAGAUCCGGAGGCUCACACUUACGCAUGUGCGUAGUCGUCGGCCGCCGACUGACGGUCUAUCAGUGGAAGCACAACGCGGCCUGGACCAUCUGGUGCUCGUCAGCCGACACCGACACCGUCGACGGUUUCCUGCAGCUAAAGGAGUUCACCGCGAGCGAGACACCCACGUUGGUGACGAUGAUCGAGAGCGCCGAUCCGACGAACGAGUGGACGCUGUGCUGCGGCGCCCGACAUCACUUUGAACUUAUCUCCUCGUCCGGAGUUUCGAGGAUCGUUCCUUUGGAAGCGACGCCUAAACCGCAUUUGGUGGCGGCGCUGGAUCUUCGCGAGGACGAGGAGCCGGAACUGUUACUUUGUUACAACAAUACAUGUCACUUUCAAAAACUGAUGGAAGAGAACGCUGCGCCGACCGAGUUCGACUUCAAUUGGAAUUCGAUACCGAUAGCCGUAGCCUGUGCCUUUCCAUACGUGAUCGCCUUCACUAACGACACGAUGGAGAUUCGACUGAUAAUAAACGGCAAUCUGGUUCACACGAUCGCUAUGCCCAACCUCAACUUGAUUACCUCGAAGCGGGAUAUAUUCUUCGCGACCACGGCACCGGAAUUCCUCCCAGGAAAAUGCGAGCGAAUACGAUUGGACUCGAAACCACUCGAGAAGGAGGAGAUGCCUUGCAGCCCGCCGCCCUCGCAAUCCUCCUUCUCCUCUCGAUCGAGUUUUCAAAACAGUCAGGGCGAUUGGAAGCCGAUAAGGAUCUAUCGGAUACCGCUGCAGACGCUUUCGAGGAACACGGGAUCCAACUGCAGCCAGAGGAGGUGUCCGAGUCCCGCGGAACCGGAAAUCGUUUCCGCGCCACCCACAUCCACCGAUCGCACCUUCCUCAACGUCGAGCCGCAUCGCGCUCUGAGCAGAUCCUGCAGCAGCAGCCCUACACCGACACCGACCACGAAUUUGCCGUCGUCGUGUAGCAAAUAGAUCGCUGUACUUGUUGGCGUUCGCCGAGAUUACGAUUAUAUAAGUAUGUUAAUCCCGCGAUCUUUCGCGCGGGAGAUCGAAAAAGUGAAAAGGGGAAAAAAGGUGGACCGCACGUACCUGAUGACUUCUCGUCCUCGUACGAGAAAGAGAGAGAGAGAGAGAGAGAGAGAGAAAGAGAAAACAUACGGAAAUCCUUGUCAUUGUUACGCAUUGUUGGCGCAUCGCGCUGCAUAUAUAAAUAAAUAAAUAUAUAUAUAUAUUUAUAAUAUAUAAAUAU